AUGGCUCAACUGCACAUUGCACAUCAGCUUCUCGAACGAGCGCAUUCACCAGAGACUGCAGACCAGCUAUUCUCAGAGAAGGUCAAACACAGACCUCUCUUCUUACGUCCUACGUCGCCUACUCCAUCCGACAACCGGUCACGGCGCCGGCUGCAGCGUAUACGGAAGAAAGAGUACUUUUUACGCAAGCAGAAGCCAAAACCGCUUUCAGCACGCGAGAAGCGGACGCUCGGAGUCCAUAAGCUGCCUAAAGAAGAGAUGAAAUAUGAAAUUUUCAAGGGCUUAAAUCAGCUGUGGGUUGAGUAUAUGUGGCAGGUUCUUGACCUUGUUCCACGGUUGAGUCCAAAUCCAGCUGGAAAACCAACAGGCACCGAAAGGACUGACCGAAUAACUGCUGCGAGCCACGGAAGCAAGCUGGCCAGUGCAGAUUUCCAUGGCGCAGAUAUUCAGGUUGUACGCAGUCGGUGUGUAAGUCGUGUUGGAGUGAAAGGAAUUAUCGUCAGAGACUCGAAGUUUGCAUUUGUGCUGAUUACAGAUAAGAAUGAGGUGAAAACCAUCCCAAAGGAACAUACAGUGUUCAGGUUUGAGAUACCUCUCCCCCGGGAUUCUGAUCCUGAAGCUGGACAGAAAGAAGCGAUUGGGCAGGCUUCUACUCUACCUAAAGGCCUGGAACUAGAGCUUGAGAAGAGAAAUCUCAUUUUCGAAUUACAUGGGAAUCAGUUUGAAAACCGUGCUCCAGAACGAGCUAACAAGAAAUUCAAGUGGAAGAAUUUGGACUAUCUCUGA